GCAGGAAAAACAAGCGGUGUUUAAAGUAGCAGAGACUGGUGGUGGGAGUGAUCGUAGUUUAAAACAUUUCUUUACAUAAAAGAAGAAUAAACAGGACAUUUAGAUUCCUGCAUGUCUUCUAGACGACGGGAUAAAAUGAGCCUAGAAGUAAGAGAAGUAUAAAAUGCCCAGCAGACCUACUUCAAGCUGAAAUCUGGCAUGCUGUGUUCAACAUGUCAAAUCAAGAAAGUCCAGAAGGAAAGAAAAGCUCACACCAGACGGAGCUGUAUGUGCAGGUCCCUGCGACAUGCCUGCCGAUCGUCUACUCACCACAGUACAACAUCACCUUUAUGGGUCUGGAGAAACUCCACCCAUUUGAUGCUGGCAAAUGGGGGAAAGUCAUUGGCUUUUUAAAAGAAGAACAGUUUAUCACGGAUGAGACCAUAGUCCCAGCCAGAGAGGCCAGUGAGGAGGAUCUGCUAGUGGUUCACACCAAACGCUACUUGAGCAAACUCAAGUGGUCUCUGGUUGUUGCCACCAUCACUGAAAUUCCUCCUCUUAUUUUUCUGCCUAACUUCUUGGUGCAGAGGAAAGUGCUGAGACCGCUGCGCACCCAGACUGGUGGAACUAUCAUGGCUGGAAAGCUUGCCAUGGACAGAGGAUGGGCAAUAAAUGUAGGAGGGGGUUUUCACCACUGCUCCAGCGACAAGGGAGGGGGCUUCUGUGCUUACGCAGACAUCACACUAGCUAUCAAGUUUCUGUUCGAGCGAGUGGAGGGAGUCUCCAGGGCUACGAUCAUUGAUCUGGAUGCCCAUCAGGGAAACGGCCAUGAGAGAGAUUUUUUAGAAGACAGACGGGUUUACAUAAUGGAUGUAUAUAAUCGCCACAUCUACCCUGGAGACGGAUAUGCCAAAAGAGCGAUUAAAAGAAAAAUAGAGCUGGACUGGGGCACGGAGGACAUGGAGUAUCUUCAACUGGUGGAGCUCCACUGCGAGGGUGCGUUAAAUGAGAUCAGACCUGAUAUAAUCGUCUACAACGCAGGCACAGACAUUUUGGAUGGGGAUCCUCUUGGAGGCCUGGCCAUUUCCCCACAGGGCAUCGUGAAGCGGGACGAGAUCGUCUUCAAUGCAGCACGGAAGAGAGGGAUACCCAUUCUCAUGGUGACAUCGGGUGGCUAUCAAAAGAAGACGGCUCGUAUCAUCGCUGACUCCAUCCUUAACCUGGGCAGUCGGGGUCUGAUCGGUGGAGAGGUCCUGGAAGGGGCGGGAUCGUCGACGGUGCCUGUCAUGACGAGCAAGUCUGUGUCGGCUGCAGGGACUAUUAGUUCCGUUUGAUUUUCCUACGAGCUCCGAUUGGUCAGUUUGUUUAAGCCUGAAAGGUGUCGUGGGGUGAGAGGUUUAGUUAGGGCUUGUUUACACUUUUUUAACUGCCUUAGAUUGGGGUGAAUUGUUGUGUGGUACUUUAAUGAAUGAUCCCCUUGGGUGUGGUUUAAUUCUGUAUUUUAUGCAAUGCUUAUUUGCACAAGUUAAAAAUGACACUAAUAAUAACACAAGUAACAUUGGUUGUAUUAGAGGUUAUUACAUUUCCUAUGUUUAUGUCUUUAUCUUACUGGCAUAUUCAUGUUGCUUUCUUUAUUGGGUACCAUAUACAUCAGGGAUGUCCAAACUAUGGCCCAAGGGCCAUUUGCAGAACGUUUUAAAAAAAACUGCUUAAACUGUUUGAACUCUGGGUGUCGCUUUCGUAUAAAACAAAUCUAAAACGCUCCCCAUCUUCUUUCCCCCAACUCAAAAAAUGAACACCUACAUUAUAGUUCCUGAGCCUGUGGAUAAACAUGGCGGCUCCAAGCGCCGCUCAGGUGGCGCAGCGGUAAAGUACGCUAGACGCACCAGAGUCGGGUUUCUAGAUACAUCGUAUCGAAACUCAGCUCUGCCUUUCCGACUGGGUUGGGCGGCAGUAUGAACUGAGCUGGCUGUUGUUCAGGGGCUUAGGCGUAGAGUCGGAGCAUAGGUCCUCAUAACUGGUACGACUGCGGCCCCUGCUGGUUGACUGACGGCGCCUGCACAGGACUGAGGAAUAGCAUUGAGCGGGGUGUGACCCUCCGUGCGCAGUGUCUCUCAGUGUAUGAACUCGGCUCGUGCAGGUGAAAAAUGCAGGCUGUACUGAUUGCGUGCCGGAGGGGCGUCCUCAGUCAGCGGCAAAAGGGUCGAAUCAGUAUAGAGGACACAAUCAGGGUAAUUGGACAUGACUAGAAUAGGGAUAAAAAUUGGGGGGGGGAAAGUGGGAAAAAAAAAAUAAUAAAAAAAAAAAAAAAAAACAUGCGGCUCCAAAGAAACCAAAACUAGGCAGCGAAUGCAGAACGUUUCAAUGAAUCAUUUUUCACUGAGUUCAGAGGAAAGUGGGUAUGUUUAAUUUAAAGAAGUGUAAUAAUCUUCCCAUUAGGAUUAUAAACUGGUAAGUGAAAUGUGGCGCAAUCUUAGUUUACACUACACUGUCGAUGAUAGAUAAGGCACUCAUAUAAAAAAAGGAAGUGUAACUGAUAGUAAUCAGGUAAGUCUGUUAUAUUUUUAUUUGUUUUAUUACAAGAGUCUGUGGCCCGUGUUUGCAUAUUUUUUUUACUCUAUAUGGCCCCCAAACAAGAAAAGUUUGGACACCUCCUUGUUAAUGAAUGGAUUAAAUGAACGUAACUAAUUUCUAAAAACAUUUUAUUCAUUUGUCUUCUUUUGUUAUUUUUGUUGUGUUUAUUCUGUUUUUCUUCUUUUUUUCUAGAAAUAUACUAGGUUAAAAUAUGGUCACUGGUGGCCAAAAUAACAGUAACAGAGUAACAAAUAAAACACAAAACAUCUGCAGCCCGCGUCAGAGAAUGGGGAUAGAAAAGGAAUAGUGCAGAACUGAGAACUAUGUGUCACUAUAUGAGAGUCUCCUCCUGCCGUCUGCAACAACCCAACUGAACCCUAAAUGCAAGCCGGGGAUGACGAAACAUGAGCAAUAAACCCAGUACCAUCCGCUCCAGAAAAUGGGUCUUUACAUGACCUCUGGGGCAGUUCGCUCAUCCAGGGUUAUCCAUCCACUGCUACAAUGCCAACUGGGUUCCCUGAAAUUGGGUAAAGGGUUCUGGUGACAUACAGCAGCAGAAAACUGGCUAAUGUCUGAUGUCAGAUAGUAAGAUCUACUGUAGCUCAUGAUCAAAGUUCCAGUUCAGGGUUGAACUCGGGGCUCUGUAGAGAGAGGUCUCUGGUGGCCAAAAUAACAAAAAAAAACAUCCGCAGCUCGCAGUGGAGAAAGCGGAUAGGAAAGGGAUAGUGCAGAAUUGAGAACUAGGUGCCACUAUAUGAGAGUCUCCUCCUGGGCUCAUCCAUCCACUGCUACAAUGCCAACUGGGUUCCCUGAGAUUGGGUAAAGGGUUCUGAUGACAUACAGCAGCAGAAAACUGGCAUAGAGCAAGCCUGGCAUCACGGCUCCUGAGAAAAGCAGGUUUACCAGAUAGAGGAGCUGAUGUCUGAUAUCAGACAUCAGGUUUGAAGUCAGGGCUCGCUAGAUAGAGGUCAUGCCAUUAUGGAUGUCUUUUUUGAGGGAAAUGGACUUGUGGAAUGGAAGUUAUAACCUUCUAAUUUAUUUACACCCAGCAGAGCCAAAGCUUAAAUUAUCAGUGUCUUGACACCUACUAAUUUGACUGUAGGGAUACUGGUAACAUUGUUAUUGUUUUUAUUUAAUAUUUGAAAAAUGGUGUAAAUAGGUGCUGCUAAUAUUUCACAAAUGUAAAUGUAACUAUUAUUCAUUAAUAAUAAAUAACAAAAACAUUGCUGUCUAUUUUAAUUAA